AUGGCGGCGAACGUCUCUCUGGCCAGCUUCAAGCCUGUUGCCUGGGCGGGGCACGACGCGAACCUCACGCUUCGCGGCAUUCCGGAAGGCAACUUUACGCUCCUUCUUGACGGGCAGAACGUUUCGCCCUCCUCCGAGUCUCGCGAGAACGGCACUGUGACGGUCACUUUCCCUGUUGGCGAUGCCAAGGACUCUGUCGCGUUCAAGACGCUCAAGGUCCAGCUCGGCGGACAGGACGCGUACUCUGUCAACGUGACUGUGUGGCCGGAGCAGACCCCGGUCCAGCUGCCGGAGCAGCCGGUCUGGCUCGAGAUGUUCGAGGACGGCCAGGACGGAUGGAACGCGACCAACUGGAAGUUCGACACGCUCUGGGGCAUUGUGCGCGACCACGGCACGAAUGGCAAGCAGCGGUUCUCGCGCGCGAGCGGCGUCAUUGCUGCCGCGGUCGGAGCGGGCUCCCACUCUCUCGCGACCCCGGCCAUCGACCUGCAGGAGGGCGAGUACGAGCUCCGUUUCGCCAGUCACUACAACACCUCGGACCCGCAGGGCCAGGACGCGCACGUUUCCGUGACGUACGACGGCAAGUCGCCGGAACGCCUGUUCGCGCUGAACGAGACGGCCGAGGCGGCCCAGCACCGUGUUCCCUUCAAGGCUGCCGCCGGUGCCAAGCUGGUGUUCACGUUUGCGUUCGAGGGCAAGGGCGACAAUGCGUACUGGCUCAUCGACGAUGUGGCUGUUGUGAAGCCGCAGGGCAAGCUCGAGGGCGAGCCGACCGAGGUCAUCGACAUCAUCUCGGACAUCCAGGGCCUGCCUCAGAACGACCAGAUGCGCGACAGUCUCCUGCCGGGGUUGCGCAAGUACGGCAACGCCAGCACGCUCGUGAUUAACGGCGACCUGGUCCCGUACGACGCGCCGGACACUUGGGCCAAUUUCACCAAGGCGCUCAAGGACGCCGGCACGUGGGAGCACUAUGGCGAGAAGAAUGUCAUCUCCACCCUCGGCAACCACGAGAUGUACUAUGCGAUGCCCGAGUCGCCGGGCCACAUCGACAACUUCCUGAACGGCACGCGCAUGACGGAGCUGCACGGCGAGCAAGGCCGCGGACUCUGGGGCGAGCACGUGACGGAGAAGGGCACGCCGAUCAUUUGGAUGGCAACGGAGCAGUACACCUUCCUGGACCACACGGGGCAGCCGCCGUUCGUGAACAUGAGCGACGCGCAGUACGGGUACCUCGCCGGCCGCCUUUCGCACUGGAAGCAGGAGGGCAAGCCCGUCCUGCUCUUCUCGCACUUUGCGCUCCCCUACUCUGUCUCGGGCACCUGGACGACGUUCGACAGCACCAGCUUCGGCCACGAGGAGACGCGCCUCCGCUACCUCCUCGCGGCGAACCCGCACGCGCUGCUGAUUACCUCUCACACGCACUGGGACAUUGCAGCUCUGGACCAGAACGUCGACCACCGCCCCCUGGUCGGGUACAACAGCACGAUCACGACGUUCAACACGGGCGCGACGCUCAACUACAUCGGCGUCGGGUCCAAGGACUUUGAGGGCGACACGCUCGGCGAUGGCGCGCCCACCGGUCUCCGCGCCGAGAUCUAUGGCGACCGUAUCCGCGUGAACGCGUACCGAUUCUGGAACCUGAGCACUGACGGGACGCUCAUCCAGACCCGCGAUGUGCCAAUUGCCGCGGCCAACGGCAGCACGAGCAAGGACCACAGCGCGGACAAGAAUGGCAAGGACGGCAAGGAGGGAAGCGGCGCCCGGCCCGCCGCGACUUGGGGCGUGGCGGCUACCCUCGCUGCCGUGCUCGCCUCGGCUUGGAGCCUGCUGUAA